GGCCCUAAAAGGCAAAAAAAAAAACCCAACAACCCAAAAAACCCCAUAUUGCUUGGGACUGUGUCUGGCACAGAAAAGUGAGCCACUGCCACUCUUCUUGUUACUGACCCAGGGCCACAUGUGGAGGCUGCAGAGCCCCAUCCACUCAGUCGGCCCCUGCCCCCGCCCCCCAUGGGCCACACAUGCGGAGGCACAGCAGGACAUCCGAAGCUCCUGUGCACACUCAGGGAGGGGGACCGGCUGCUGGGCCACCUGCCCCCCAACAAGGAAACAGCAGUGUCCAGUGGAGCAAAGGCCCCCAGGCAAGAUUGGGGGCCCCAGCAGGGUCUCCAUGGCUGGUCUGAGGCAUGGGAGGAGUCCCUGAUACCCGUGGGUGCACGCCUAGCCCCCAAGGACACCCGGGAGCCAUGGUCCACGUGUGGCAGCGAGAGGCAAAGCAGCCCCAGGCCCUGAGUAAUGACAGCACAGGCAGAGCCUUGGGCGGGGGGCGGGGGGAGCAGCCGGCAGCCUGGCCACGGCAAUUCCUGUCUUUAUCCUCCCGCUCGGCUGGACCCUCCAGACCCACAUACCCCACCAGGCGAGUCCAGGCUGCUGCCCACACAGCCCACCCCUCACAGGCAGCUGUCAGCACUGGGGGCCCCCGUCGGCAGCUGCUCCUGUGGCUGCGUCCACACCCGGACGCCAUGGCCACAGCCCUGAAGGGGGCUGGGGGCACCCCCACCCCUGGAGCAUCUGUGCAGCAGGUGGGGGCCCCUCAGCUGAGGGCAGGUGUGGGCUCUGUGGGGCAGGGUCUCAGGAGGGGCAGCAGUGGGCCAGCAGGGGAGCCUCGCCUGACAGGUGCUGGGCUGCUAGGUGGGGACCAAGCCGUGGCUGCCUCUUGCUUCCUGGGAGAGGCCCCAGCUCUGAGGGGCCCAGUCUCUACCAAGCAGCUCUCACCUGACGCAAAGGGACAAUGAGACGAGCAAUUCCACGGAAAAAAGCUGCACAACCAAACACUGGCUGUGUUUGGUGGGCCGGGGACCCCGUACGGGCAUAUGGGCUAUUGUAAUUCAAACAGAGAACAGGCAGCUGGCAGGGGCCAUUCUGGACCCAAGGGGGCCAGAGGACAAGGACACGCAGGACCAAUCCCUGGGCCCUAGGGUGGACCAAAGAGCAGAGACAGGUGACCGCAGGUCUGAGGGGGGCUCUGACAGGACCAGCCAGGGGCCCCAUGACACGUGUGGUCCGUCCCACUCAGGUAUGCAGAGCACGGGGUCUGGAGGUCAGCAACGGGAGAGGUCAGCCUCCUCCAGCCACCCACCCCGGCCUCGAAGGAGGGCCAGCCAGAGUCCCCUCCCCUCCCCUGGGGAACCCCUUCUCUGUUGCAGGCACAGUGAAGGAGGUGGAGGUGCCACAGGCUGCCCUGGGCACCCCAGCUCCUGGGACGGGGACCAGUGGCCACUCGCCUGUGGUCGAGGAGGAGGUGGGCACCCCCGCGCCGGCACCGGGGCUCCUGCAGGUCACGGAGAGGCGGCAGCCCCUGAGCAGCGUCUCCUCCCUGGAGGUGCACUUCGACCUCCUGGACCUCACCGAGCUCACCGACAUGUCCGACCAGGAGCUGGCCGAGGUCUUCGCUGACUCUGACGACGAGAACCUGACCAGCGACUCGCCCACAGGCCUCCACCCGCUGCCCAGGGCCGGCUGUCUGCGCUCCCCUUCUUGGACACGCGCCAGGGCAGAGCAGAAGCGGGAGAAGCAGCCUCUGGGCGACCCGGAGCGGCAGCCUGCCGUUGCAGACACAUUUCUGACCGUGGAGAGGCCCAAAGAGGACUAGGCCAGCUGGCCGCAGGGCCGAGGCCCCUGGACACUGCCCGCCCCGUGUGGAUCCAGGCUGGGGCCUCAGGGCACCUCAGCAGCAGCUUAGCCCCGUGGCCUUAUGUCCAGCCCCUUCCUGGUGCCUGGAUCAGGGACAAUGUUGGGGGAUGAGACGGGAGUGGCCUGGGCCUUCUGGAAACUUCUGUCUGCAGGACUGGUUUUCUUGUCGGCCACCAGACUUCUGGGUGGGUGUGGGGAGAGCAGAGGCCCAGAGGGGAGCGGUACCUGGCGCCCUCUCCAGCGUCUCGGGGUUCCAGACUGUGAAGGGCCAUGCCGAGCUCCAGCCACAGAUGAGGGCAGGGCACUCAGCCUGGAAGGUCACCACCGCGACUCCAGCCCUGCCCCCUGCCUGCCGCCCAGGGCAGACCCCCAGCCCUGGUCCCUGUGUGACAGGGACCUUCCCGAGCCCAGGACACCAACCACACCCUGAUACUCAGGCUGCUGGGCAGGGGAGCAAGCAGGCAGGGCUCAUCCUCCCCGCCCCUGCCAGACAGUCCCCGUGGCUGCCACACACACGCGCGCGCCAUGGGUCUGCGUCCUGGCCAGCGUUCCAGCCGCCGUGCAAGAGCCCGAGGGGCACCCAGUGCUGCGUACCUGCCAGGGAACAGAACAGGCUCCUGUCGGACAGCAGGUCCAAGAACAGUUUUAAACGAACGGUGUCCGCUUGCUUUUUGUCCCCAAGGCCACCAGCCCUGAUCCCUUACCCACAAAAACGUUUCCGCAGAAGUGGCUCCUCUGCUGGAGCCUAUGGAGCCCUGGGCACGUGGGGGCCUCUGUGAGCUCCACCAGCCCUGCCAGGAUGGGGCCUGGACUGGAUGCCUCUUCACAUGUGAGGGCAACACGGGUUCUUCCCUGGAAACUGACCCGGCAAGGGCAGCACACGUCCCCCCCAACCCAAUUCCUCUCCUUGCUGCAGCUUCCGCAUAACUCACUUCCAAGAAGCAGGAUUAAAACGUCACCCAUCCCAA